AUGAGAUUCACAGCUUUGAGUUUAGCUCUAGUUGCAGUCAGUUCCGUUGCUGCCAUGCCAAACCACAGAAGAUCAGCUCCAGUUGGCCUUGAACUUGCUGAAGUAGCAAAGUUCGUUGAGGGUUUCAUCUAUGGAGUCGUCAAGCAAGAAUCAUCCAAUCUUGACACCUGUAUCACUGAUGUUGAAAACAUUGCUCACAAUGUUGAAAUUUCAGUAAAUGAAUUCAAGAAAGAAAACUUCGAUGGAAUCAAGGCUGGUCUUCUCGACCUAGGAAACGCUGUUAAGCUCAUCCCAACUGCUGUUUCUUAAUGUAAAGCAAUCGAACAAGAUUUAUCAGCUGUUGCCAAAAUGGCCGAAGUUUUCUCCAAUCCAUUCUCCCUUAUCUACCACGUCGGAAAGAAUCUAGUUAUUAAUGGAAUUGACAUCUUUGAAAAGAUUGCCAAGGCACUCAUUGCCUAUGGUGAAGCAGACUACUUCUCUUUCGGUACCUACGUUGGUGAAGCAAUGGCUGAAGUUUUCUUGAAGGCUCCAACUCCAAAGAAGCAAACUGACAGAUAAGCAUACGAGUUCCUUGACGGAUUCUACUCUGCUCUUAAUGCUAACUCUCCACUUGACCAAUAGUAGCUCUAUAAUAACAUUGAUGGUCUUGGUAUCAUGAUCUACGGACCAGUUCAAGAAUCUAUGCAAGAGUAUACUAGAGAAGGAAACUUGACCUAAAAGGCAUGGAUGACUCUUCAUGAAAUCUCUCACUCACUUCAAGAGGGUGGUGAAUCACUUCUCGCCAAGGGUGCCAUUACAGCUGAGAACCUUAAUGAUCUUAAGGGCUUCAGCGAAUGCCUUAAUAGAAACACUCCAGAGCAAAUUGAUGUAGCCACUGAACAACUCUUCUCAAGAUCAUAUAUUCUCUACAACGCUGGCCAAACUAGCGUAGUUGGAUACACCUAUGGUCAAAUCGCCGUUCAAAGAUGCGGUACUAAAUCCAAGUUCCUCUCUUUCUGA